UGCAGACAGCAGAGUGGUAAAACCGUAAAACUAAAGUGCAGCCCAAUCCAAUCACUACAAAACGAAAUCCGGAUAACAACACAAUCCACCCCCUCGCCCAAUCACCUCUCUCCACGUGUCAAAAGGGCAUUACAUCACUAUCAUAUAUCUCUCUCUCUUCACAGUGGGUCAAGUCUGUUGUCUCCCCCACAAAAAGUUCCUCUUUAUCACUUUUUUUUUUCUCACCUAAACUUCACUCCCACCCAGAAACUCAAUAGAAAAUUAAAAACUUUACAAAGAGAGAUCGCGUAUGAGUGGGAAAAAGAUGUGCAACAAGAAUAGUCCUGAUAUGAAAACUAGGUCUAUGACCAAGAAAGAGAAAGCCAGAGGCAGAGUUAGAGUUAGAGAGCCACUUAAACCAGCUCGGAAAUCAAGAACCAAAACCAGAAAGCCCAAGUUCCUCAGUCUCCGCUUAGAACUCUCCUCAGAAAACUCAAACACUACUAGCUCCACCCAAAUGAUCGAAAACCAUAAAACCAAUAGUACCCACCAGCAACAACAACAACACCAGCUAAACCUUUUCCCUUUACACCCAGAAAACCAAGUUGAAGACAAAGACAUACACGACGAAAACGUAGCGUUCCUCUUCAACGGUACAGAGAGCGGUGGUGCAAGCCUCAACUUCCUUGGAUCAUCUUCAGAGGAAGACUCACUCUCUCCCCCAACACCAUCGCUAACAUACCCUUAUGGAAGCGAGGAAGCUAAUAACAAUGGUGACUGUAGCAACUACAGUGCCAGUAGAUCCAAGCUUUUAAGAACAGCCAUGAGGAUCAAAGAGAGAGACCCGAGUGAAGAGAAGUGGGUGUGUUACUCUGAAGUGGUGGAGAAGAAGCAGAAGGUGGAGCUAGAGGAAGUGAGUAGCUGUACAAAGCGGACUAUGACGACUACGACGACGAUGAAGAAACAGGGUUUGUUGUCGUUGAAGCUUGAUUAUCAGGGGAUCAUGAAUGCUUGGUCUGAUAAGGGCCCACUUUAUAUUGAAGGAGAGUCCCCACAGACUGUACCUGUGUUGCAUGAUGAAGCCAAUGUGUUGGUGGAUGGGUGGGGAAGCGUUGGGAACAUAUGGAGGGUUCCAGAAAUGGGCAGUAAUGAUGAUAUUGGUUGUAGAAUGAAAGUGAAAGAGGAGGAAUUGGAAUUGGAAUUGAAAGGCACAGAUAGUUGGAAGAUGAGGCACAGAGAAGCUAGUGUGUUGAGAUACAAGAAGAAGAGGCAAAACAGACUCUUCUCAAAACGUAUUAGAUACGAAGUUCGAAAGCUUAAUGCUGAAAAGCGACCCCGCAUGAAGGUAACCCUCAGCUUAUAUAAUUGGGUAGAUUCGUGAAGAGAAGUUGAGAAGUGUAGACUUUUGGACAUAAUAUCAGUUGGAGGGCAUCGUUAUAUAGUUCUCAUGGUAAAUCGUGUCACUUGUCUAUCAUUCCUCUAAAAAGCUCUCACUUGUUUAGAAUUGUUGAAUUAGAAAUUUUAAAUAGGUUGGAAUUUUUUAGUGGAAUGAAUGACAAGUAAUGUGGUCCACUAUGAGGAUGGUAUAAUUUCUCCUUCUUUUGAGUGUCUAAAUUAGGUUUUCUUGUUUAGUUUUUUUUUUUUUACUUGUUCCAUAUGGCUUGUAAGUUGUAGCAUAGUAAAGGCAUGAAUAUAAUAAGCAAUGCGUAAAACAAGAAAUGGAAAAAAAAAAAGUUAAAAGAAAAAGAUAAGAGAGCUGUAGAAUUUAGGUACCAUUUAAGUUCUAAGCAAUGCCUACUUUGAAAUAAUGGAUGAGAUCCGGUCUUGGUUGCUUAA